AUGUCUCUCCUCCGUGCCAGCUUCCCUCGCACUGGCGACUUCGCCCCUCUCUUCCGUCUUCUUGACGACUACGAUGCCCACCGCUCCAGCGGCAAUCACACUGCGGCUCGUGCUUUCUCCCCUCGCUUUGACGUCCGCGAGUCUGAGAAGGCGUUCCACUUCGAUGGCGAGCUGCCUGGCAUCGCCCAAAAGGACAUCGACGUUGAGUUCCCCGACCCUCAGACCAUGGUCAUCAAGGGCCGCGUCGUUCGCGAGUACCACACCCCCGAGCCUCAGGCUGAGGCCAAGGAAGGUGCCGAGCAGGCCGAAGACAACCAGGUCACCAAGAACAAGUCUGGCCACCGUUUCUGGGCCAGUGAGCGCUCCGUCGGCGAGUUCCAGCGCUCCUUCACCUUCCCGAGCCGCGUCGACCCCGACAAGACCUCGGCCAAUCUGAAAAAUGGCAUCCUCUCCAUUGAGGUCCCCAAGGCAACUGCUGCUGCUUCCAAGAAGAUCACUAUUGGAUAG